CGUUAAUUCCGGUACAGAAUUUGCCAUAUAAAUUACAGUUAUAAAUACCAGAACAAUCGCAUGGACUACAAAGUCACACAUUGAAUUAUUUUGUUGGACGAAAUCUAUACAUUGUCAAAACUUCUGCGUUGACCUUUGCUACCAUUAAUUCUAAUAUUAUCGAAUUUGUUGAAAGAUGUCGAACAUAUCCCAGACUACCCGUGUGGAGCGUCAUGUUGUGGAAACAUCCGGAGCCGCUUAUCCAACCGCCACAAACGCGACUGCCAAUGCGGAUUUAUUAACGGGAAAUGCCUCUCACACUCGCACUGCGACGGUGACCCCGGUGGGAGGUCAUUCUGUUGCCGCUCCGGUGGAUGGACGGGAAGAAAAACUGGAGCGCGUGGAAACGGUGAAAACGGAUAAAGCCGGCAAUGUAGUGAGUCACGAUGUCCGCGAGGACAAAGGAGGAGAAGACCCCGGCAUGAACUUCCAGGAUAAACGCCCUCCGGGAUUAGUUCCAGAUCCACAUGCACGGGCUGCACUGUAAAAUUCUGUACAUGGGAAUAAUGACACGCAUAUUUUUACUGGUCUACCGUAUUAUGUGUCACUGCGCUGGGCCAGUGCCGCUAUAUUACAGCAUAUUGUUAUUUUUUAUAGUACAUUCGUGUUAAUCCUACAGUGUUGUGCACAUGAACAUUAAAUAAAUUCUGGACGACGAA